AUGUUCGCUUCAUUUCGAAACGCUUCCCAGCAUCCAAACAAGCAGCAGAAGCAAGAAAGAGAAUGGUUAUCUGUGAGUUUUAAGCCAGAGAACUUUGUUCCAGGAGUUGUCAUUGGCUUCAUUCUUGGGUUGCUGUUGGAUUUAUCACAGCCCGGUAAGGGUCGGUCGAAGAAGAACAGUAUCACAGUAGGCAAGGUGCAACAGCGAAGUUUAGUCACUAGUAAUGGUGAUGAAGAGCUUAAAAUGGUUCUGGUAGUUCGACGAGACCUAAAGAUGACAACUGGAAAAAUUGCAUCUCAGUGUGCUCAUGCUGCCACUGGCGUGUAUGCAGAACUGAUGCAAAGCCACAGAUCCCUUUUGAGACAAUGGGAGCAAUAUGGGCAACCCAAAAUAGUGGUUACAUGCAAGAAUCAACAAGAAAUGAAUAAGCUGAAGGAAGCAGCUGAGGGCAUUGGCCUUCCUACUUUUGUUGUUGCUGAUGCAGGGCGAACACAGGUUGUGAGCGGGUCUAAGACAGUUCUUGCCGUUGGACCUGGACCAAAAGAAUUAGUUGAUUCAGUGACAGGGAAACAAGCCCUCCUCUGA